GGAUGAAAUUCCCUUGUAGAGGCGUGUCCGUCCGGUGGUACAUUUUUGCACCAUAUCAGAAAACAUCACUCACACGAUAUGUGGAAAAAAAGCUCUUGUUUCUGUGUAACAGCAGUUGACUCGUGACCACCAGAGGGGGAGGACGUAGUGACUGAUCCUCCGUUUUCAAUGAUUUUUUUGGACGACUCAUAGAGCUAUUCACUGCUAGCCAAGCCUGAGUGAGUCCAUCCACUGCCAUGGAGAAGACACUGUUGUUGGUGCUGGAGGUGGUGCUGUUAGUGCUGGUGGACCUGCCGUGCUGUCUGCCCGAGAUUAUUGAUCCUAGGGCCGUUGCUGCAAAGGAAGAUCAGAGUGCAUAUAAUAAACAACGUCAAGUGAAGCGUUGUUCUCAGCAAGGGGACUGUCGCACUAAGUAUGGCGGAUUCUGCUUCAACAUCCUGUCUGACCCGAACCCGGUGUGUGAUGCAGCGGUGCAUGAUGGCUUGUGCAGCGGAAACCCCGAGAGCAAUUGUCGGUGCUGCAUCAGGUGUUCAGGCAAACGUUGCGUCUCUGAGUCCGAGGGAGAAAGUGGGUGCAGAAAAGAAUGCAGGGAAAACGAAUUCUCUGUGUCCCAUUGUAACCCCUACUGCCAAUGCUGCCAGAGCUGCAAACCCACCCAUUGCAAGGGUCGGUGUGUGAGUCAUCCUGACCUCUGUGACGAGGCUAAGGAAUACGUUGAGGGUGUCUGUGAGGGCAAAUUGGGAAGCAAAUGCACUUGUUGCGUAACCUGUGAACCAGAUAUAGGCUGUGAAAAAUCAGGAGGGCAGUGCGUCACUGCUGAUGAGGAGUGCCCCUGCGGGUUCUGGCCCAGCCCUUACUUUGGGUGCACUAAUGGAAGCAAGAAAUGCAAAUGUUGCACUCCGUGCCCUCCUUCCCAUACCUGCUUGGAAGGCAUCGAGACGGGAAGAUGUGUUCCUGACGAACCUUACUGCAAUGGCUAUGACGAGUACAUAUCAGACGAGGCGUGCUGUCAAGGCAGGUGUUCAUGCUGCAAGACCUGCCAGCCUGACAGGGCGUGUGUAACCGAGCAAGGAAAUUGCUACAAGAAGGAAAUUGGCUGUGGCCCAGGAAUGAUGGCGAGUAGAAAAGGCAAAUGCACCAGCGAUAACUGCGUCUGUUGUAUACCGGAACCGUGCCCUAACUCAUGCAACUGCACUGAAGGACCCAAUCCUGGAAGAUGUGUGGCCAAGCCUUUCACCGUACAAUACAACGAAUACCCGUCAGAGGAGAGAUGCAUAGGCCGCAAGUGUUCCUGUUACAAGACAUGCAUGCCCGACCCCCUGUGCUCGGCUGUAAACGGCACUUGCUUCACCACCAGCACUGGGUGUGCCCGGGGACUAGUGCCUAGUAAAACGGGCACCUGCAACAGCGAGAACUGCAUCUGCUGUGUGGAGAGACAGUGCUCGUUGUCAAAGGACUGCGCUUUCGGGGAAGAGUCUGGAAGAUGCGAGAAUGACAAGGAAAUGUGCAGCUCACCGGGUGAAUACAUCAGUGAGGAGAAGCUCUGCGAGGAGGAUGGCUGUUUCUGCUGCAAGAAAUGUCAGCCUGACACGUCUUGUGAAAGAGUGAGGGGCACGUGUUUCGGGACGCGGGAAGGGUGUGGACCUGGAUUCAAGAAAAGUGAGGUUGGCCGUUGCAAGAACCCGGAACACUGCGUUUGCUGCGAACUAGAUGUAGAUUGUGUGCUUACAAAAGAUUGCAGAUCUAAGGGCGAUUCUGGAAGAUGCGAGGUUUAUAAGGAGAACUGCAGCUCACUUGGUGAAUACAUAAGUGAGGAUACUCCCUGUGAGGGGAAUGAAGGAUGUUUCUGCUGCAAGACCUGCGAGCCCGACACAUCUUGCACUAAGUCAGGAGGCAAAUGCUACGUAGCUAAAUACGGUUGUCCCGAGGGAUUUUCGGUGAAUCAAAAUGGCCGUUGCAAGAACAGUCCUACUUGUAUAUGCUGCUCCCGGGAUUUUAGCAAGGGGUAGGAGCGGGCGAGGACCCGUGGAGACCCGUGGGACAACGCAACACCCUGCCGACCAAUUCGACUCUCCGCUGACUGCCCGCCUUGUUUGCUUUAAUUGUUCCUCAUUUACCAUAUAUAUAUAUAAUAAACAAAUAAAUGAGAAUAAUUAUUGAGCUACAAAAAUGUUACACGUUUCUUCGGAUAAUGUGUGCAUCUGUCGCAAGAGAUGCAGGAAAUGUUGUUAAUUAACCAUAUGUAUACAUUAUUAACAUGUAUUGAUUGGAUUUUUGCUCAUGACAGUAUUAUUUUCUCUUCAUUAAUUUUUUCCUUAUUUUUCACAAUGCCUAUAUUGGUUUUCUUUUUGCAGUUAUAGCGCAUUAUCAUGGCCUUCACAUUAAUUUUCUCCUUGUUUGGCACGUUUUAUUAUCAUGACAAUGAAAAUAAAUUUUUCCAUAUAUAA